AAGACAGAUAGUCACAUACUUCACUCUAUAUGAACUAAAUCAACCACAUAGUUGCUGCAACAAUGAGCUGGUGGUGGAAAGGUGCUCUUGGAGCUGCCCUGAGAAAGCCCGAAGAGAACAGCGGCCCUCAGAAUGUGGCCCUAAUCGUCGGAGUCACCGGAAUCGUCGGCAACAGUUUGGCAGAAAUUCUGCCGGUUUCUGAAACCCCCGGCGGCCCGUGGAAGGUAUAUGGCGUUGCACGCCGCCCACGGCCUUCCUGGAAUGCUGACCAUCCCGUUCAAUACAUCCAGUGCGACGUCUCUGACGCCAAACAGACACAAGCCAAACUCUCACCCUUAACUGAUGUCACACACAUCUUCUGGGUCACGUGGGGCAACCGCCCCACGGAAUCUGAAUGUUGUGAUCUCAAUGGCGCCAUGUUCCAGAACGUCCUGGACGCCAUCAUGCCCAACUGCCCCAACCUCACCCACAUCUGCGUCCAAACAGGGCACAAACACUACAUCGGGCCAUUCGAGGCCUUCGGCAAGAUAAAGCCCCACGAGACGCCUUUCGUCGAGGACGUGCCAAGGCUGGACGCCCCCAACUUCUACUACACGUUGGAAGAUGUCGCGUUGGACGCCUGCAAGAAGAAGCCGGGCCUGACGUGGUCCGUCCACCGGCCAGCAGUGAUCUUCGGGUUCUCCCCUUAUAGCAUGAUGAACAUGCUCGACAGCCUGUGCGUCUACGCCGCAAUCUGCAAGCACGAAAAGGUGCCCCUCAAAUUUCCAGGCACGAAAGCCGCCUGGAACUGCUACUUCGUGGCGUCGGAUGCUGACCUGAUUGCUGAGCAGCAGAUUUGGUGUUCGGUGGAUCCCAAUGGGAAGAACGAAGCGUUUAACUGCAGCAACGGGGACGUUUUCAAGUGGAAACACUUGUGGAAGGUUUUGGCUGACAAGUUCGGGGUGGAGUAUGAGGAAUUCGACGAAAAUCAGGAGUACGUUAGCCUGGCGGAAAGGAUGAAGGACAAGGGCCCUGUGUGGGACGAAAUUGUGAAGAAAAAUAACCUCACACCAACGAAGCUGGAAGAGGUUUCAACUUUCUGGUUUGUUGAUUUGAUGUUUGGAGGGGAGUGUAUGUUGGAUAGCAUGAACAAGAGCAAAGAGCAUGGAUUUUUUGGAUUCAGGAACAGUCAGAAUUCACUCAUUUCCGUCAUUGAUAAAAUGAAAGCCCACAAGAUAGUUCCUUGAGGAUUGCACUAAGAUUCAGGCAGUGUUCUUCAGCAAUAUGAGUAACAUUUAACAGAGUUUUAUUAUUCUUCUGGGAAUUAGACGUCUCGGUUGCUCUUGAAUUUGAGCUUUCUUGCAGUGAGCAGUGUUUUGAAUCACUGUUGAAACACGGGAAAAUAAAGGGUGUUGCUCUGUUGUUUCGGAAUAUGUUUUUUAAUAGGGUAUGUAAACAGUUUCCCGUUCUCAAGAACUCAUAAGCACUUUUUCAUUUAGUUACAUGUUUAGACAUCAUGCAGAACAUUAUCGACUAGACAUCAUCAUACAUCUUAUGUUGUUUCUGGA